CCAACAAAUCCACUUAGUCUGGCACUUGACAAGGGCUAAUUUCACAUAUAAAUAUCUCAUCCUAGCUUGCCUACAAUGCAACAAGAAUUUAGGGCUCGAAACUAAUCUAGGGAUAAACUUAAUCUCUAGGAUGGAAGAUGUACUGUUCAAUCAGCAUUUCUUUGGAUUCAUGGCUUUUCCACAGAAGCUUUUUCGUGUAGUUGUGUGCAUUGUCUUUGUGGCUGCUACGGCCAUGGCACACAAUCACACUCAGACUCACACUUUCGUUCUUAAAUCCAAGUCAGUGGUGAGACUGUGCCGAAGGCAGAAUAUAAUCACUGUAAAUGGUCGGUUUCCAGGGCCAACGCUCUCUAUUACCAAUGGAGAGACUCUCAUUGUCAAAGUCAUUAACAAGGCCCAGUAUAACGCUACCAUUCACUGGCAUGGUGUGCGGCAGAUGCGUACAGCAUGGGCUGAUGGGCCAGAGUACAUAACUCAGUGCCCCAUUCGGCCUGGAGGUAGUUACACCUACAGAUUCACCGUUAGCGGCCAAGAAGGCACUCUGUGGUGGCAUGCCCACAGCUCCUGGCUCAGAGCCACUGUUUAUGGAGCUCUAAUCAUCCGUCCUAAGACAGGAACACCUUAUCCCUUCCCAAAGCCCGCCAAAGAGAUUCAUUUCCUGCUAGGGGAAUGGUGGAACAGAAAUCCCAUCGAUGUGGUGAAUGAAGCAACAAGAACAGGGGCAAACCCUAACGUCUCGGACGCUUUCACUAUCAAUGGGAAGACAGGAGAUCUGUAUAAGUGCUCAAGUGCAGAAACAUUUAAAGUUGGUGUCAAGGCAGGAGAGACUAAUCUUGUCCGGCUGAUCAACGCUGCACUCAAUACAGAUCUGUUUGUUGUCAUUGCAAACCACGAGAUGACUGUUGUGGGCGUGGAUGCUUCGUAUACAAAACCCUACAAAACGAGCGUUCUGAUGUUGGGUCCUGGCCAAACCACAGAUGCACUGGUUACUUUCGAUAAAUCAGCAGGAAGUUACUACAUUGCUGCUCGAGCAUAUGCCAGUGCUCAGGGAGCCCCCUUUGAUAACACCACCACCACUGCCAUCUUGGAAUAUAGCAAAGGAGGCUCACCUAUGAUGCCCCAACUCCCCUUGUAUAACGAUACUCAAGCCGCCACCAAGUUUGCUGCUGGGCUGAGGAGCUUGGGCUCAAAAGACCACCCUGUUUUUGUUCCUCAGACAGUGGAUGAGAGUCUUAUCUACACGGUGGGAUUGGGAUUGAUCAAUUGCCCAAGAAAUUCAUGUGGAGGUCCCAAUGGAACAAGAUUUGCAGCAAGCAUGAACAACCACUCAUUCGUUCUGCCAUCGACUACCUCAAUAUUGGAAGCCCACCAUUUCGGCUUCAAAGGAGUGUUCACCAAUGGCUUCCCUGACACUCCUCCUGUGCAGUUCAAUUACACUGGACAAAACAUAAGCAGGAGCAUCUGGGCUCCCCUGAAGACUACCACUGUGAAAGUGCUGAAAUACAAUACGGCGGUGCAGGUCAUUCUUCAGGGUACAAAUAUCUUCAUGGGUGAAAGUCACCCCAUCCAUCUCCAUGGGUAUGACUUUUACAUAGUGGGAUCAGGAUUCGGGAAUUAUAAUGCAGCAACAGAUCCAUCGAAAUUCAACCUGCAUGAUCCUCCCAUGCGCAAUACUGUGAAUGUUCCAGUCAAUGGGUGGGCUGCUAUUCGAUUUGUCGCUGACAACCCCGGAACAUGGUUUCUGCACUGCCACUUGGAUGUUCACAUUGGGUGGGGUUUGGCCAUGGUUUUCGUCGUGGAAAAUGGAGGGGAUUACUUAUCAACUCUGGAGCAGCCUCCUCCUGAUCUUCCCAGAUGCUAAAGACGAUGGCAGGAAGUUCUUCGCUAAAGAAGAUUCUAUGCUUUCGUCGUCGUUUUUUAUUGUCCUGGUCCUUUGAAAUUCCUCUCGCAUUUUAAGUCGAUUACUUUUCCUAUUUGUGUUCUUCUCUCCAUCCUAAGAGAUCUGUAGAACGGGCUUCAGAUUACAAAGCCUGCAUUGCGUUUUCUUGUUCGAUGAAUUUUAUGAUUCUGCGGUUUCAUGAUUACAGCCAGAUUAUAUUAAACUGGAGCAGAUUGUAUCGUUGAAUACAAUAGAAAAAUUAUUGUUUUAGAA